GUGGGGCUGGUUGCACAACAAUGUGAAUGUGCUUAAUGGCAUGAGCUGUAGACUCUAGAAAUGGUUGAAAUGGUGAAUUUUGCAUUAUAUAUAUUUUACCACAUUUAAGGAAAAAACCUCGCCUGUCUUUGUGUAUGAUGUGAACUACUACCAAUGCCUUGUAAAGCUGGGAGCUGAGGCGCAGAGGCCAGGCGCCCACCUCGGGUCACCCAGAUGGGGGCAGUCCCAGUUUCCAUCAGGUCCCUUCUUCACUGGCCCAGGAGAUGGGGAGAUAGUGGCCAAGUGGGCCUGGGGGGAGGGGAGAUGUGGGGGCUCCCGGGGCUGCCCCCACAUGAGUCCCAGGAGGGCCUGAAGAGCCUUCUGGUGUGUGCCUGCUUCCUAGAACCAGCCCUAGCGAUGUCUGUUGAAUGACUGUGCUGAGGGCUAUGUUAGGGUGAGGAAGUGUCCCUCCCCAGGCUGGGUCCCUAUUUUGGAGGACUCAUGCUGGCAAAGGCAUCUCUCCCCAUGGUGGAAUAAUGUCCUGGUGGUCCCUGAGGACCCUUUUCAACUUAGCACCUUACCCAGAAGAAUGGGGUAGGGGAGGGCUCCCUGGUAUGACCGUCCUUGUCCCGGGAUGCCUGGCCAGGUGGCUGGAUGAGGUGGCCUUGUCACCUGGAAGCCAGUCAGCCACCCAGCCCUCAUUAGUCAUCUCAAAAUUCAAUCUAUGCUGCUGGCAUUUUUAUUCAUCUAAUGGAGUUUGUUCCCUGCCUCUCGAACACUGGCUCCAAAAGGAGAUUUUUUUUUUUUUUUUUUUUUGGCGUGUGAAAAAAAUAACUGAGUGUAGACUCAUCCAUUAGAGCUGGAAUGAUCUGGACAAAUCUGCUGCCCUGUGCCCUGCGGGGUCUUGCCCUCCUGUGGAGGCUUUCUCUGCUCGCCCACCUGGGAUGGGAGUGGGAGGAGUCCAUGCAGUGCACCGCUGGGGCCCUUGCUUGACCAGUGUUCAUUGAGCAUUUGCUGCAUGCCAGGGGCCGUUUCUCAUGGGGAGGCACAGAGAACGUAGAAGGCUGAGGGAUUGGUAGGUGGCGGGGAGCUAUGGAAGGUUCUAGAGCAGUGGAGAGUCAUGUAAUCAAGUGUCCUUGUCCAAACAGUUGCUCAAGCAGAGUGCCUACUGUGUGCAAGCACUGGAGAGACAGCAUUAAACAAGCCAGGCUCACCCCUGUCUCCCAGAGUUGCCCACUAAAUAAAGUAAAUAAAACAUCAAAAAAGAUGACAAGUGUGUGAUGGAGUUAAUGUAGGCAGGGGUGAGGGGGGGUGUUCUGCAUCUUUCAGGGAAAUUUUUCAAGCAGGGGCAUUUGGCAUUGGGUCUUGAAGGGUGAAGAAGAAUUGUCUGGGUCAAGUUUCCUGCCCACAGCUGGAGGGCAUGAGAUCUGCCCUAUAGGUUCCCAUCAGACAAGUCUGCUUCAGUUUCUCCAGCUGCCCACGAUGGUAGAGCGCACCCAGGGGGGUUGGUCUGGGCAGACACUGUUUCCUGGGGGAGGGACCAGUGCUGCUGUGUGACUAUGGAGGCAAACAGACCCCUUCUGGGCCUUAGUUUCCCUGCCUUAUCAAUGAGAAAUAUUUCCAGGCUGGAGGAGGGGGAUGAAGGAUCCAGGGGUGAGUGUGGGGACCAAUUUUGAUGCAAAAUCCUUCCCUGCUGCUAACCUCCGCUUUCUCAUCUGUAGAGUGGACAUAGAGCCAGGGAUAGCGGUGGUUAGACCCCACACCCACCCCCGCCUGUUGAGAUCAUCUGAGCCUCAGUUUCUCCCCCUGCGUCGUGGAUCCGAUUCCUCCCAAGUGGCUUCCCUGGCACUAGGGGACCAGGAGGGGCGAGGGCGGGUGAAGGCGGGUGGACUCCGGCAGGGAGGGAGGAGCCUGCACGGCAGGGGCGGAGAGGGUGCGGCGUGGGCGCGCGAGAUCCUGCCUCCCGGGGUGCUAUCCGCUGCUCCGCCCCGUGGAACCCGCCGGCAACUUUGGGAUGGAGUUUGUGCCGGCGCUGUGGCUCGGCCUGGCGCUGGUGCUAGGGCCGGGGCCCGCCGGGGGCCACCCGCACCCGUGCGGCGUCCUGGCACGCCUGGGGGGCUCGGUGCGCCUGGGCGUCCUCCUGCCCCGCGCGCCCGCCACCCGCGCCCGCGCCCGCGCCGCCCUAGCCCGGGCCUCCCUGGGGCCGCGGCUGCCCCACAACCUGAGCCUGGAGCUGGUAGCCGUCUCUCCCCCCGCCCGCGAUCCCGCCUCGCUAGCCCGCGGUCUGUGCCAGGUGUUGGCGGCACCGGGAGUGGCGGCCCUGAUCGCCUUCCCCGAGACGCGACCCGAGCUGCUGCAGCUGCACUUCCUGGCGUCCGCCACCGAGACCCCCGUGCUCAGCGUGCUGCGGCGGGAAGCGCGCGCGCCCCUCGGCUCCCCGAACCCGUUCCACCUGCAGCUGGACUGGGCCAGCCCCCUUGAGACACUGCUGGAUGUGCUGGUAUCCGUGCUGCAGGCUCACACCUGGGAGGACGUCGGCCUGGUGCUCUGCCGCGUACGUGACCCUGGCAGCCUGGUGGUCCUGUGGACAAGCCGGGCAGGCCGGGCCCCAAAGCUUGUCCUGGACCUGAGCCGGCAGGAGCUGGGCGAUGCAGGGCUGAGCGCACACCUGGCACUCCUGGGGGCACCAGCUGGAGGGAAGGCCCCGGUCCCCGCAGCCGUACUCCUGGGCUGCGAUGUGGCCCGCUCCCAACAGGUGCUGCAGGCUGCACCCCCUGGUCCCCGCUGGCUGCUGGGCACGCCGCUGCCCCCUGAGGCCCUGCCCACUGAGGGCCUGCCACCCGGAGUGUUGGCACUGGGUGAGGUGGCCCGGCCCCCGCUAGAGGUUGCCAUCCAGGAUGUGGUGGAACUAGUGGCCCGUGCGCUGGACAGUGCUGCCCGCAUGCAGCCAGAGCGCGCCCUGCUUCCCGCCACAGUCAACUGCAGUGACCUACCGCCACCAGAGCCCGAGUCUUCGGGCCGCCUCUUGACACGGUUCCUGGCCAACACAUCCUUCUGGGGCCGCACGGGGCCAGUGUGGGUAACCGGCUCCUCGCAGGUGCACAUCUCCCGGCGCUUCCGCCUGUGGAGCCUCCGCCGGGACCCGAGGGGCGCUCCGGCCUGGGCCACGCUGGGUCGCUGGCAGGACGGGCAGCUGGAGUCGGAGGCGUGGGGUGCGGCCGAACGGCCCCCACCCCCGCCAGGCGCCCAGGCACGGCCCAAGCUGCGGGUGGUGACGCUGGUGGAGCAUCCGUUUGUGUUCGCCCGCCAGCCAGACGAAGAUGGGCGGUGCCCGGCAGGGCAACUGUGCCUGGCCCCUGGCACCAACGAUUCGGCCGCUCUGGACGCACUCUUUGCCGCGCUGGCCGACGGCUCGGCACCCCGCGCGCUGCGUAGGUGCUGCUACGGCUACUGCAUCGACCUGCUGGAGCGCCUGGCGGAGGACGCACCCUUCGACUUCGAGCUCUACAUCGUGGGCGACGGCAAGUACGGCGCGCUGCGCGACGGCCGCUGGACCGGCCUGGUGGGCGACCUGCUGGCCGGCCGGGCGCACAUGGCCGUCACCAGCUUCAGCAUCAAUUCGGCCCGCUCACAGGUGGUGGACUUCACCAGCCCUUUCUUCUCCACCAGCCUGGGCAUCAUGGUGCGCGCACGCGACACGGCGUCGCCCAUUGGCGCCUUUAUGUGGCCGCUGCACUGGUCCAUGUGGCUGGGCGUCUUCGCUGCGCUGCACCUGACCGCACUCUUCCUCACCCUCUACGAGUGGCGCAGCCCCUUCGGCCUAACACCCCGCGGACGCAACCGGGACACCGUGUUCUCCUACUCCUCUGCUCUCAACCUCUGCUAUGCCAUCCUCUUUGGACGCACGGUAUCCAGCAAGACGCCCAAGUGCCCAACGGGCCGCCUCCUCAUGAACCUGUGGGCCAUCUUCUGCCUGCUCGUGCUGUCCAGCUACACGGCCAACCUGGCUGCCGUCAUGGUUGGGGACAAGACUUUCGAGGAGCUGUCUGGGAUCCACGACCCCAAGCUGCACCACCCGUCUCAGGGCUUCCGUUUCGGCACGGUGUGGGAGAGCAGCGCUGAGGCCUACAUCAAGAAAAGCUUCCCGGAGAUGUACUCGCACGUGCGGCGCCAUAGUGCACCUACCACUCCCCACGGCGUUGCCAUGCUUACGAGCGAUCCCCCCAAGCUCAACGCCUUCAUCAUGGACAAGUCGCUCCUGGACUAUGAGGUAUCCAUCGACGCGGACUGCAGGCUGCUGACCGUGGGCAAACCCUUCGUCAUCGAGGGCUAUGGUAUCGGACUCCCUAGAAAUUCACCGCUCACCUCCAACCUGUCCGAAUUCAUCAGCCGCUACAAGUCUUCCGGCUUCAUCGACUUACUGCACGACAAGUGGUACAAGAUGGUGCCUUGUGGGAAGCGGGUCUUCGCCGUGACGGAGACCCUGCAGAUGGGCGUCUACCACUUCUCCGGACUCUUCGUGCUGCUCUGCCUGGGUCUGGGUAGUGCUCUGCUCAGCUCCCUGGGUGAGCACGUCUUCUACCACCUGGCACUGCCGCGCAUCCGAAGGGGCAACAAGCUGCAGUACUGGCUGCACACGAGCCAGAGAAUUCAUCGCGCCCUAAACACAGAGCCGUCAAAGGGGCAGGAGGAGGCGGAGUCGAGGGGUCUCGAGGAGCCGCAGAACAACACACAGGCCGCCCCCGCGGGCCCGGGGGACUGGACACGGGUGCGCCGGGCCGCGGUGAGGGAGCGUCGCGUGCGUUUCCUGCUGGAGCAUACUGUGGUCUCUGCCUCCCCCGACGCGAACGUCCCAGAUGCGGAUGCGGCCGCGCCACCCGAGGCCCCAGUCUGCUCCAAUGGCCCGCCCGCCGAGCUGCGGUCUGGCGCCCCACUCCCCGGGGAGCUGGAGGAGCUGGAGCAGCGAAUCGCGGGCGCCCAGGAGAGGCUCCGCCAGGCGCUGCUGCGGCGCAGGGCGCUCCUGGCCCAGCUUGGGGACAGCACCUGCGAGCCGCCGUGCACAUGGCUCCUGGCCUGCGAGGAAGCACCGGAGGUGGCCUCCUGAAGUGGGAUCCAGCUCUUCUCCACCUGCUGUGCCUGCUCCGAAAGGGGGCCACCCGUCCAUAGGGUGGAACCUCCCUUCCCGCGCGGCUCCCCAGGCUCCCCCCACCCCACCCCCCAACACACAGACACUGG